AGAUUCAUCCAAUAGUGAACUUCAUCUUUGCGGAGCGACCAUGCGGCGUCACCUCUCAUGCUUCACGCCGCCCUUCGGCUGCUCGCCAACGCCGCCGUGCUGCAACUUAAUAAGGUCCUCUCUGCCGGGGACGCUCACGCACACCGCGAGGUCCUUCGCUCGUCAGCCUCCGCCGUCCGAAGCGUCUUGCAAACGCGCUUUUCCUCAGAGACAACUCCACUUUUCUUCCGUGCUGUCACGAGCGUCUCGUAAACGCCUCGCUGCAAAACCUACCAAAGCAGCCCAGCUUGCCGAAGCAACCAGCGACAACCAAAAUCUCUCAACCCUUUCAAGUGGCAGGGCGGUUUCGUCCUCAGAGAACGUGAUGUGCCCCGCUGCCGACUCGCUGGCUCAGCGGCAGACACAUGAUGUCGAAGCUCAGCGCACGUACCCAACUCCACGCCCGCCACGCCCCACCGUUACCGUUUCCUCUGCUGCACUGCUGCAGUCUCUCGAAGCGCAGCAAUCCCCAUUCGCCGCCACCUUGAACAAGCGGCUUACUCCACGCCACACCGGCCCGCGCGGCGCCGUUGCGGAUCGGCACUCGGCGCACCAAACGGAUGCGCAGCGCCACGCGGCAGACGAGCUUCGCACAGCGGAAGACAGCACCAUUCAGAGCGACGGUUACGACCCGGCACUGGUGAUGCGGACAGACGGGCGCCGUCGCCAGGUGCGUCUCAACCACGUUCAGCGGGAGCUGAUCUGGACCGCGCGUCAGGCACAGUACCAGGGACUGCUCCAGCGCAUCGUCGCGUGCUUGCAGUCUCACCGCAGCCCCGUCGAGAAGUGUCAGACACUCUUUGCGCUGCAUGACGAGGCAGUCCAUCGGCACCUGCGCCUGCGCGCCGACACCUACGAGGACAUUUUUCACACCCUCUACAGCGUCGGCGUGCGGCGGGGCGGCGGCGGCGCCGGCCAUCCAGGCAAGGCGUCGCUGAGCCCAAGUGCGCAGCUGACGGCAGGCGAUGCGCAGUGGGAGAACGAUCUGAGUGGCCACGCAGCGGCCACCGUCCGUGGUGGGUCGCUGCCGGCGGAGUUGGCCUCCUCGGCCGCCGCCUCGAGCACCGUGUUAAGCACGCAUGGAAUGGAACACGUGUGGGAGAUGUACCGCUACUCCGUCGACAGCGGCACCGACCCGACCGCGCGUGUGCUGCAGUACGUGAUGGGGCUGCUGGAGCACGCCUCCGUCGCCCUUGCCGUUCGUCGCGCCGCACCCUCUGCGUCGACAGAUGCGCGUCUCGGUGCGAACCACUCCAACCGCCGUACACGCAGCAGUGGACUUCUCCUUGUGGAAGCGAAGGCGCACUCGCUCAUGAUGGACGCCGAUCGCUUCCACCUCACCCCGUCCGAGUACACCAUCAACUCCUACAUAGGGAUCUGCGAGGCCUGCGACAGUAUGCACCUUGCGGUAGCACGUGUCACGGACUACCAGACACGGCACGAGCGGCAGCCCUCCGAUGGGAUGUACGCCCGACUCAUCACGGGACUGGUGCGCUGCGGUCAUUACGAGGACGCCGUGGCGGUGGUGACCACGAUGCAGAACGUACCCAUGACCACUUACCUGCUGAACGCGGUGCUGCAGGCUGCACGACACUCACGUGACCCCGCGAGCGUCUUCACCUUCUAUCGGGCGUUAUUCUUCUCUCCCGCGAGCCCACUGCGCGUGGGGGCGCAACGCAAUGCGAAGGACCGCCGCGCUGAGCCGUCAACGCGCUCGGGCAUUCGCCUUGUCCCCUCCCUCGUCACCUUCUCUAUUCUAGUGGAGGUGAUGGAGGCGACGCACAGCGGAGCGGAGCUUGAUUUUGUGCUGGCGGAGAUGCAGCACUAUCGCAUCAAGGGAAACGGAAUGCUGCUGAACAAGCUCCUGCGACUCAUGGAGGAAAGUGGUAAAUCACAGGAGAAGAGUGCGCUCCAAAGUGCAAUGGAGAGGAGGCAGAUUCGGGUCUUUGAUGAGCACAAAAGGAGGGGCAGCCUUCUGAGCCCCACGUAG